GUCACUUCCUGAUUCCGGUUGUCAGGUCUGCGCAGUUGUCAACAAUCAUGAAAGAAAGAAGUAGCUAAUAAGCACUGACUUAGCGAUAUAAUGUGUAAAACAUCUGUAAGAUGUCAUAUAAAUGAUACCUAAGUCGGGAUAAAGUCGUUUUAAAAGUGUAUUUGUGAGUUUGAGAAACAAUGUCCUCAUCGUGGACAGAACGUCAGGGACAAGUGGGGGAUCUAAGGAACAAGAGCAAGGAAGAACUUUGUGAAUUGCUAUCACGGCAAGAGAAAUUACUGUCCAACAAGCGUUUCAUACAGACCCUUCCAGACAAAGGUAGAACAAUCUUAGACUUUGCAGAGAGAGUUCGUCUUGCUCUGAUCAACAAUGAAGAAGAGGAAAGCAAACAGGACAAGCUGGCAUCUGUCAGGUCAGAGUUACAGUCCAAAUACCAGCAGGCUCUCACACAGAGAGCACCUUCUGUCCACAACAAACCUGAAACAUCCCAACAGAGCCAACAGGGUGGGGAUGCAGCCUUGGGGAGGGUCCAGGACAUGGACACAUCCCCCCUGUCACCCCAUAUGCAGCCAACUGUCCUCAGCCAGCAAGACAACACUGCCUCCUAUGUAUGUGCUGCAGUAGCCAUAGAAACCAGUCCUGCUGGCAAUGCUGGGUUCCCUCAGAACUCCGACAGUCCAAAAGAGAGUGACCUAGCCGAGGCCUUGCAGAGGGUCAGCCUGUCUGAUCCCACUACCGUGGGUUCCAGUGGAUCCUCCAAAGACGUAUCCAACAGCCCUGUAGCUAAUGCUAACCCCUUCUCUGGAGGCCAUCCAAUGAAAAAAACUCACUAUACAGAACUGGUGGAGAGGAAUGAAAAGAACCCUGAGACAAAAAAGCACAAAUUCAAACCUAAUCAAACGCUAAACCCAAGAGCCGACGUCUCCCCUUCAGGGUCCCUGUCCCCCGGCCCUUCCACCGGAGGCCUUGUUCCGUCUCCGCUCUCUGCCGAGGUCCGGAGGGAGCGGGACAGGAAGCACCUGAAUGACAUCACCGCAGCCAGGCUUCCCCCUCUGCACCACAGUCCUGCCCAGAUGCUGUCCCUGCACGAGUCAGCCUGUCUGCUGCAGGAUCAGACCGAGAAACAACUGGAGCUGCAGGCCAAACUGGCAGCCCAGAAGCUGUGUGACGGGCUGAGGAUCAGUAUGGGCAGCUACAGCCCAGAAGGGGGCCCCCUGCCUGUCUACCGGGAGGUUCACGACGAUGAAGACUCCGAUGAGGACUAAUCCUGGGGGGCCAGUGCCUGGAGGGCGGGUAGCCUGACCCAUGACCCUGAGAUGACAGGCUCUGGGCCCUGCAUCAGGGCCAGCAGGGAUUUACCAGUACAAAGGCAGCCAGCCUCACAGGAGAUGCUCAUGGACUUGUUGUAAAGUGAGGAACAGCGAAGUGGGUGUUCCAGACUUUAAGCUCAGGGAGGUGAAUGGAGACAGACUUGGUUAAAGGCCUUUAAUCUUCUGUGAUUUCGAGUUGUCACUUGUGCCGUGUCAGCAUCAACACUUGCUCUAGGGUCCUCACUUUGGGCUGUGUGAGUCUCAUGCUGUGAUCAUCUGGUGGCUGUGUAGAAGGAUUGUCUGUAAAAUCCCCUCACACAAAAGAAUGUGAUAUGUUGAGGCUGCUGUACAGUAUUGUGAGGCAUGUGGUUUAUUUAUCCAAAAGACUGAAAGCCGACGAUAUUCUGUACUUGUGGAUGUUGGACUGAAAUAAAUAUUUUUUAUGAUUA